CCGUUACGGCCCAUGUGUGCAGUCUCCGCGCCGCGAAAACACAAAACCGGCUGGUGGUCGAAAGGGGCGAAAAAACGAAAUAACUCGCGGUUUCUUGCGCCACUCCGGCUACGCCGCCGCCCGCCGCAGCCGCCGCAGCCGAGAUGGGAAUCAAGGGUUUGACGAAGCUGCUGGCGGACAAUGCGCCCAAGGCUAUGAAGGAACAGAAGUUCGAGAGCUACUUCGGCCGCAAAAUCGCCGUCGACGCCAGCAUGAGCAUCUACCAGUUCCUGAUAGUAGUUGGAAGAACAGGUACGGAAACUCUCACAAACGAAGCUGGUGAAGUCACUAGUCACCUGCAAGGUAUGUUCAACCGGACAAUAAGGUUGCUGGAGGCAGGAAUCAAGCCAGUUUACGUUUUUGAUGGCAAGCCUCCUGAUCUGAAGAAACAAGAGCUUGCUAAAAGAUACUCAAAGAGAGAGGAUGCAACCAAAGAACUGACUGAGGCAGUAGAGGAGGGAGAUAAGGACGCGAUUGAAAAAUUUAGCAAGAGGACUGUAAAGGUCACAAGGCAGCACAACGAUGACUGUAAACGACUAUUGAGACUUAUGGGGGUUCCUGUUGUAGAGGCACCUUGUGAAGCAGAAGCAGAAUGUGCAGCACUUUGUAUAAAUGAUAAGGUGUAUGCUGUUGCUUCAGAAGAUAUGGACUCCCUUACUUUUGGGGCUCCACGGUUCCUUCGUCAUUUGAUGGAUCCAAGUUCCAAGAAAAUACCUGUGAUGGAAUUUGAUGUUGCCAAAGUUUUGGAGGAGCUUGAACUCACCAUGGACCAAUUCAUUGAUUUGUGCAUCCUCUGUGGAUGUGACUAUUGUGAUAGCAUCAAAGGUAUUGGGGGGCAAACAGCUCUGAAGCUUAUUCGUCAACACGGGUCCAUAGAAAGCAUUUUGGAGAAUCUUAAUAAAGACAGAUAUCAAAUUCCUGAAGACUGGCCUUACCAAGAAGCUCGACGCUUGUUCAAGGAACCUAAUGUUACAUUAGAUAUUCCUGAGUUGAAAUGGACUGCACCUGAUGAGGAGGGUCUCAUAACCUUCCUGGUAAAAGACAAUGGCUUCAACGAAGAUCGGGUGACAAAGGCCAUAGAGAAGAUCAAAUCUGCCAAGAAUAAAUCAUCCCAAGGAAGACUCGAGUCCUUUUUCAAGCCAGUUGCUAGCACUUCAGCACCGCUGAAACGGAAGGAGACUUCAGAGAAAACAACUAAGGCAGCUGCGAACAAGAAAACAAAGGCCGGUGGAAAGAAGAAAUAAGCUUGAAUGCUUGCUGUGCAAUGGAUCAGCAGAAGCUGCGGCGGCCAGUGGCCUUCUUACUUAGAUUGUUUAACUACGUGCUGUAACUCAAACUUUGGUCAAUGUUUCCGUAUGUUCCAAGCUAGGUAAAUUAGUUUUCCUUGAAGAGAGAAUUGUUGUACCAAGUGACAAAAAAAAACCUAUCACGUAUGUUAGUCCGUCCGAUCAUGUUUGUACAUUUGCCUCUUCCCUUCCGGAGUUUUCAUGCUGAGAAGAGGCUGCCUUGCUGUUAAA